GCGCAUGCUCGUUUGCCUCUGCAGUCCAGGAAACAUGAGCUCGACUUUGGAGCAACUGAAGCAGUACACCGUCGUCGUCGCCGAUACGGGAGACUUCGACCUCAUCGCACAAUACAAACCGACCGACGCGACCACCAACCCGUCGCUUGUUCUGGCGGCCAGCGAGAAGGCUCAGUAUCAACACUUGGUGAAGGACGCUGUCAAAUACGGCAAAUCCGUUUCAGAUGACUUGAACGAGCAAGUGACUGCGGCGUCGGACAAAUUGUUCGUCAAUUUUGGUAUUGAGAUUUUGAAGCUCGUUCCGGGUCGGGUGUCGACCGAGGUGGAUGCUCGCUUGUCGUUCGAUUUCGACGGAAGUAUUGCGAAGGCAAAGAAGUUUAUUGAGUUGUACGAGAGCGAGGGCAUUGGGCGCGACCGAAUUCUCAUCAAACUGGGCUCUACGUGGGAAGGGAUACAGGCAGCAAGAGACCUGGAAAUGAAGGAUGGAAUUCAUUGCAACCUCACGCUUCUGUUUUCGUUUGCUCAAGCGGUCGCGUGCGCCGAAGCCGGUGUUACUCUCAUCUCCCCGUUUGUCGGUCGUAUCUACGACUGGUACAAGAAGAACACCGGGGUCGAAUCGUAUCCGCCUCUCGAAGACCCGGGCGUUCAGUCUGUGACCAAAAUCUAUAACUACUACAAGAAAUUUGGCUACAAGACGGUCGUUAUGGGUGCAUCGUUUCGUAAUACUGGUCAGAUCACUAGCCUUGCGGGAAGUGAUCUUCUCACGAUCAGUCCUAGUCUGUUGGGAGACCUUCAGGAAUCGACGGAGCCGGUUGUCAGGAGGCUGUCUCCGGAGGCUGCACAACAGCUUGAUAUUGAGAAGAUCUCGCUAGAUGAGAAAUCGUUUCGUUGGUUGCACAAUGAGGAUCCGAUGGCCAACGACAAGCUCUCUGAAGGCAUCAGAAAGUUUGCGGCCGAUCAAGUCAAGCUGGAAAACAAGAUCAGGGAGCUGCUGCUGGAAGCCUAACACUCAAUUGCAUUGAAUGAUGAGCGUGUGUGGAUUGAAUAGAUUUUAGCCGUCGUGCCAAUUUGGCUCAAUCGUGUUUUUAGAAUGAGUUUCACUUGGGAUCAUGACCUUGUAUGUCAGUCGUGGGGUUGGGACUGACUUUGAUCUGAUUGAAAUACAUGGCUAGCUAAUUCUA